GAAGCAUCUUCAGCAAUUGGAACUGGAGCUCUUGGGUUUGCCGCCGCUCCGGCUUCUGCCCUUUCUGGAGCUUGCGUUUCUCGAAUCGCUUGUCGUCCAAGAGCCUGUUGACCCCCAAUAUCUACUCCUCCCGCCGAUCAAGCGGGAACAGGUUAGGCUGUUUUUGGACACUCUCCCAAAUCCUCCGUUCCAGGAUCCAAACAGUGAGUUGGACAUAGCACAUUAUCCUGAUAUCACACUCUACUCACACACCAACCCACUUCACCUCCGUCUUCAUCACUUGCUUGAACACUAUCUAAUGUCACCAUAGUCAUUCCUUCUGGACCCUCCCAGAGUCCACCUACCAUCAUGGCUGAAUGGCUCUCCGAAGCCAACAGUGUGGUUCACCUCGCUCUCGCUCAGGACAAUCCCCAAGGAAAGCUCACCACAAUCUCCGGUCCUUUCCCCCCAUCGAUGACCUAUGCAAUCUUCGGCGAAGAAGAGCAGAUCUUCGGGUACAAGGACCUCCGCAUCACCGUGAACUUUCGUGCACAUGAUAUGCGCCCGGUCAUCGACAUUGGAUACUCCGCUCAAUUCACCCCGAUUGGUGAUGUCAAGCCGGUGGAUUUGAAAGCCGCCCUGGCCAACUUCUUCCCUGCUUCGGCGUUGGACAAAGCCGCCGACCAGGAAAUCGAGACUGCCCAUACUGAAGCCCAAUGGACUCCUCCCGGCGAUAUGGUCGCAGAAUAUCAACAAGACGGCCGAAAGUUCCAGAUUUGGCGCGCAAGUUUUCUGGAACACCCCGAGGCGAAGCGCAUCUUCCAUAACAUGCAAGUUCUUGUGCAUCUCUUCAUUGAAGGUGGGACGACCGACCUGUUGGAUGAGCCCGACGACAGCCUUGGGCGAUGGAAGAUCUACUUCCUCUACGAAGUUCGACCCUCCCCCAAGUUUCGCAUUCCCUACAUUUUCAAUGGCUUCUGUACCACCCACCAAUUCUGGACCUUCCCUCAUAAAGAGGCGCUGAUCGCGCUUGGGAUCCCGGGCUCAAUUCCUGUCCCUGGAACGUCCGCACCGCCGGAGUCCAUCGCGGCACCAUUCCGCCCACCCAUCGACGAGACCACCGGCUUCUACAAGCAAUCCAGCGGUCUCGACAGCCCCUCCCGCCUCCGCAUCUCCCAACUGAUAAUCCUUCCGCCUUUCCAACGCAAGGGACACGGCCACCGUCUCUACUCGACCAUCUUCGCGGAGAUGCACGCAAGCAAGUGGACGUACGAACUCGCCGUCGAGGACCCCAGCGAGGAGUUCGAUUGGCUCCGCGAUCUCCACGACUACGCAUUCCUCCUCCAAUACCCCGAAUUCGCCGCCCUCUCCCUCCCGACGACCAUCCCCGCCGCGAAAUUCAAGCCUGAAGCCCCCAUUCCCCUGAACGACAUCGUCCCGCAAGACGUCCUCAAGAACCUUCGAUUGAAGAGCCGGAUCGCCAAGCGACAAUUCCACCGCAUCGUGGAGAUGCAUUUGCUGGCGCAGAUCCCCAGCCUCAACCGCUCGCGGAUCCGCAUCUCUAAAAAAGCGCAGACUGUGAAUCCUGACGAUCGGAAGUAUUUCUACUGGUGCACGUAUCUCAAAGACCGCCUCUACAAGCGCAACUCCGACGUCCUCAUCCAGCUAUCGGACGAGGAGCGCACGAGAAGCCUGCAAGCGGUGGUGGACGCGGUGCAGGGGGAGUAUGAGGAGCGGUUCGAAGUGAUGAGAAAGAGAGGGAUCGCCGUGGGGAGCACCACGGCUCAACCGGCUAAGGGAGGCGCGGCAACCGAGCCGACUCCGAGGAAAUCCAUGAAACGACCGGUCGUCGACGAUGACGAAGAGUCGGACGAUGAGGCAGGUGCUGGUGCGGACAGGCCGCGCGGGAAGACACCUAGGAUUGAUUGAGACCGAGAUGCUGACGGUCUUUCAGGAUUAUUUGGACUAACUUGACAGUUUACCGGGCAUAGCUGGGUAUUGUCGAUACGGUGGAUAAAAACGGGCAACCGGAGGCGUUCAUGGAGCCGCGAACAUUUUCCUGGGCUUCAGGGUUACGGGCGAAUAGAGACAAGGACCCCAGAGGCACUCAUAGAGUGAGCCUGAUGGUUGGGUUCAGACGCUACUAUGGAUAGAGAAGCGUUAUCAGG